AUGGAGUCUUAUUUCCAGUAUAAGCGGAUCCAACGCGCGGUCAGGAACCAGCUCAACGCCAAACCGCAUUCCGAUGACGAUGGGAACAGGAGUGCGAAUUCUCAGCGCGAUGAGAAACAAAUACCAACUACUCCCGAAGGAGCGGAAACCCUUAAAGAUGCGAUCAUCCUUGUGAGCUGGGAGGGCAAGGACGAUCCCCUGAAUCCAGCAAACUAUAGCGUGCCGCGGAAACUGUUCAUGACCAUAUUAGUGUCCUUGAUUUCACUUGUGGUCACGGCAGCAUCGGCCAUUGAUGCUUGCGGUGUUCAACAGUAUAGUCAAUACUAUCACGUCUCCGAGGUUGUGGGGUCUCUCGCUACCGGUUUAUUCUUGAUCGGCUUUGGAGUCGGCUCUCUCCUAUCAGGACCAUUCUCGGAAACAUUCGGGCGCAACGCGGUGUACCUGAUUACCAUGCUGGUCUUUUUGAUCUUCGUCAUGGCCGCUGGUCUGGCUCCAAACCUCCACAGUCAUCUUGUCUUCCGGUUCUUUGCCGGCUUCUUUGGUUCGACGCCGCUCAGCUGUGCCGGUGGGACCGUCGCCGACUUGUGGAAUCCAGUACAAAAGGCUUACGCCUUUCCCGUAUAUGCCAUUCCGGCGUUUUCAGGACCGAUGUUGGGUCAGAUUAUAGGCAGUUUUGUUCCCACUACACUAGGAUGGCGCUGGUUGGAAUGGCUGAUGCUGAUCUUGGGCGGGGUGAUCCUGAUCCUGGUGGUUUCAAUGCAACCGGAGACAUACGGGAAUCUUCUGUUGCAUUGGAAGGCUUCGAUUCUUCGCCAGGAGACUGGUGAUCCGAGAUAUCGGGCCCCGAUGGAGAUGAGGAGUGAGAGUCUUGGGCGUCGGUUGUUGAUUGCGAUCUAUAGACCGUUCCUCUGGAGCUAUACGGAGUCGAUCAUCAUGCUGAUGUCGUUUUACCUCACCGUCAUCUAUAUCGUUCUCUAUACCUUCUUGGAGGGGUAUUCCUAUGUUUUUAGUCAGCCUUAUGGGUUAUCCCUUGGUUUGACGAACUUGUCGUGGGCUGGGAUGCUUGUUGGCAUUAUUCUCACUACUGGUACCGUGCCAGUGGUUUACUCUUGGACUGCGAAAGAGUAUCAAAAGACGGGUCGCAUUCUUCCCGAGACACGUCUGUGGUAUGCAAUGCUCGGGGGUGCACCAGCAGUGCCUAUUAGUUUAUUCUGGAUGGGUUGGACCUGCUAUUCCUCCGUUUCCCUCUGGUCCCCGCUCGUCGCAUCAGCCCUCUUCGGAUAUGGGAUCAUGGCCAUCUUUAUCGUCGCCAAUAUGUACAUCAUUGAUACGUACAAUAUCUACUCCGCUUCGGCGCUGGGCUUCCUCGUUUUCACGAGAUACGUCGUGGCCGGUGGAAUGACCAUCGCUGGUGGUCCAAUCUACGAGGCCAUCGGCCCUCACUACACUCUGACCAUUCUUGGGGCGAUCAGUGCCGCCAUGGCUCCGAUUCCAUACUUGCUUUACAUCUACGGACCUCGGAUUCGGAGGUUUAGUAAGCAUGCUGUCAAUGUGGGUUAA